AUGGGGGCUGAGAUGCUCCUGCAGAUAGCUGUGGGACUGGUCAUGCUAAAUGGCCUAUAUGCCUAUGUGUCACCCAUUGGUACAGAGUUUCUCACAGCCUUCAUGCAGAACCACAAACUGGAACAGCCUGAACCUCAGUUUCAGCUCUUUAUCUCAGGCUACCAUGACUUCACCUCUGUCACUGUCUCAAUCUGCAGUUCCCAUAAAAUGCGCAAGCUGACCAUCUUCAAGGGUAAAACCACGGUGGUGAAACUACCAGCUUAUAUGGAGAUGGCUGGCACUGCUAAAUUGUGCAAAAGUAUCAUGGUAAGAUCAAGUGCCAUCACCACUGUGUUGGCCUUCAGCUCAAAGAAGAAUACAGCUGACACCAUGGUUGUCUACCCCGUCAGCUAUCUAGGUGUGGAAUACUAUGUCGUCACACCUCCUGGAGAGCUUCCCAACACAUACAAGGAGUUCUCCGUCAUUGCAUGGGAAGAUCGCACAGCAGUGGAGAUCCACCUCAAGGGUAGUGUUACAUUCAAGGGGCACCACUACCCAGCGGGCAGCAAGCUGGAUGUUGUUCUUUCACCCUAUGAAGCCAUCCAGCUCCAGAGCCUUCAAGAUCUCUCUGGCACUUUCAUCAGGUCGGUGAAACCUGUGGCAGUCCUGAGCGGGCACACCUGUGCCCAUAAGAAUACCAAUUGCAAUCAUGUGAUGGAGCAGCUGCUGCCAGUGUCUACCUGGGGGCAGGCCUUCAUUGUCCCCCCACUUUCCUUCCAAACGAAAUAUGACCUUGCAUAUGUAGUGUCCUCCCAGACCACCGCAGUCACCCAGGUCACCGGUGGGUUCUAUACAAACUAUAACCUUGUGGCUGGGCAAGUACUUCAGCUGAAAGUCACCCAUUCGGAUCCCAUCUACAUCACAGCCAAUGCUGGCAUCCAGGUCUUCUUCGUCUGCACUGGUGGUACCCAUUCUCAUCUUACUUUUGACCCCUUCUUCAUUAAUAUCCCUGACACAUCCAGUUAUGGCAAAUCCUACACUGUUAAGGGCUGGAUGAACUUUGAGAAUUUUGCAUACAUCAUUGCAAAGACGGCUGCCACCAGCACUAUCAGCAUCGAUAAGCACUCAUUGGGUUCUGUCUCUUGGAGACCGAUUCUAGGAACAGAAUAUUCCUGGACUGAGUUCAGCCUUGGGAUGGAAGACAGGAUCUUUGAGCUGUUAGAUCAGAAGAACGCUUUUGGUGUGCUUAGUUUUGGCAUCGCUGAUAGGAAUGGCUAUGGUUCGGCAGGACUCUCCAAAACAGCUGGUGGAACCUCUCAACCUUCCUGCAGUUCCAUCCAGUGCCAGAAGAAAGACUCUUGCCAGAUGAUUAACGGCCAGCCAAUGUGUGUGUCCAGGUCUAGCGCCACCUGCAGGGCCCAGGGCGACCCUCAUUACCGGACUUUUGACAAGCGGCAAUACAAUUUCAUGGGCACCUGCACCUACACCAUGGUCAAAAACUGCGGCUCAGACACGACUCUCCCAGCCUUCCACAUCACAGCCAAAAACGAGAACCGUGGCAGUCUGCAUGUGUCCUACAUUGGGUUGGUGAUGGUCCAGGUCUAUGGUUAUAGCAUAACUGUGGCCAGAAAGGAGUAUGGCCUUGUCAGGGUGAAUAAUCAGCGCUCCUGGCUACCUAUUUCCCUGAAUGAGGGGAAGUUGAGGCUCUACCAGAGUGGGACCUCUGUCAUCAUUGAGACUGACUUCUCACUGAGGGUCUCCUAUGAUUGGAACAGCCUGUUGUUGGUGAAGAUCUCCAGCACAUUCUUUGAGAAAGUUUGCGGCUUGUGUGGUAACUACAAUGGGGACCCUGCUGAUGACUUCAAGACCCCGGGUGGGUCCUUAGCCCAAAGCCCUGAAGAAUUUGGGAAGAGCUGGAAGGUGGAGGAUGGAGACAAGCACUGCUGGAAUGACUGUCGUGGAGAAUGCAAGGUCACUGGGGAUGUGCUUACCAAGUACAAAGCAGAACCUUUCUGCGGCUGGAUCAGCAAGAGACAGGGCGGCCCGUUCAGCCAGUGCCACCCUGUUGUCGAUCCCAACAUCUUCGUGGACAACUGUGCCUAUGAUCUCUAUAUCUACAAAGGCAACCGAGAGAUUUUGUGCCAAGCACUGAAGAGCUAUGCUGAUGCCUGCCAGAGUGAAGGCGUGACCAUUUCUGAUUGGAGGAAACUCACUGGCUGCUCUCUAUCCUGCCCUGAGAACAGCCAGUACAAGGUCUGCGGCUCAGCGUGUCCUGCCACUUGCAACAACCAAGCUCUUCCUUCUGGCUGCACUUCUGCACAGUGUGUGGAGACCUGCCAGUGUAACGAGGGCUUUGUGUUGGAUGCGGGGAAGUGCAUCCCGCGGGCUGCCUGCGGGUGUGUUUUUGAAGGGCGUCUCUUAACUCCCGGCGAGCAGUUCUGGGGGGACAGCACCUGCACGAGACGCUGUACCUGUGACCCGAAGAGCAAGCAAGUGACCUGCCGGGCUGCCAGCUGCAAGGACAGGCAACAGUGCAAAGUUGAGAACGGCAUACAGGACUGCUACCCAACAGGCUAUGCCACCUGUUCUGCCUUCGGAUACUCUCACUAUCAUAGCUUCGAUGGACAGAGUUUUAACUUCCACGGAACCUGUCUCUACAAGUUCGCUGGACUCAGCAAGAAGAACCCAAGUUUGGUUGAUUUCCAGGUCUUGGUCCAGAAUUCAGGCCAAGGUGGAGGGUCCAUGUCCCGCAACAAGCUGGUCAAGGUUCAAGUCUACGGCCUGGAGAUAUCUGUCAGCUGGGCCUAUCGGGGAAGAGUCAUGGUGAAUGGCUUGCUGACCAACCUGCCAUACAUGAUGGGCCUGGACCAAAUCCGCAUCUACCGAAAGGGAUGGGAUGUUGUGAUCCAAACCGAUUUCAGCCUCACGGUCACCUUUAACUGGCAAAGCCAUGUCACGGUCACUGUGCCUACAACCUACAGAGGUGCCCUCAGUGGUCUCUGCGGCAACUUCAAUGGAGACAAACAAGAUGACUUGACAGCUGGAGGGUCCAUGCCAGCCUCAGAUCCUACAGCCCUGGGCCGUCACUGGAAGGUGACAGACUCUCCAGGAUGUGGAGAGCUCAAUCCAAAGGUGUGUUCAGACUUGGAAAGAAUUGCCCAGCGUCAACGUGGCAGCCGUGUAGAAUGCGGACUCCUUGUGGACAAGAACGGCCCAUUCAGGGAGUGCCAUGGCAAAAUCGACCCGGAGGUGUUCUUCAUGGACUGCACAUAUGACUACUGCAUCUACAAUGGCCAGCAAGCUGUGUUGGGGCAUGUCAUUGCUGCUUAUGCCUCAACCUGUCAAGCCGUGCAGGUGACCAUCUAUUCCUGGACAGUCCACAUACUUUGGAAGCCAGUCUGUCCCCCAAACAGUCACUAUGAACUCUGUGCCAGGAGCUGUCAACAGACAUGCAGCAGCCUCUACUUGCCUCUGCGUUGCUCAGAGCACUGCACCGAAGGGUGCAUCUGCAAUGAAGGCUUUGUGCUCAGCGGUGACCGCUGCAUCCCCAUGUCUCAGUGCGGCUGCAUGUUCCAAGGGCAGUACUACAUGGCCGGGCAAACCUUCUACCCAACCAGCAAUUGCAAUGUGGAGUGUGCGUGCCAGCCCGGCGGAGCCGUGGCCUGCAAGGAAAUCUCCUGUGGCCCCGACAAGGCGUGCAGGGUACUGGACGGCACCCGAAAAUGCCACGCGAUUGGUUCGGCCACUUGCACUGCCUAUGGCGAUCCGCAUUACAUCUCCUUUGAUGGAUUCCGCUUUGACUUCCAAGGCACCUGCACCUACAUCCUUGCUGAGGCUGCCAACACAGGCAAUAGGAACCUGGCUCCUUUUACUGUCAUGCAGAAAAAUCGGCCCUGGAAUGGCAGAAAAGUCUCCGUCACUAAGAUGGUGUCUGUGGAAGCCUAUGGCUUCACUCUGACCAUGCUGCAAAACAAAAAGGGAAUGGUCAAGGUGAAUGGAGUGUUCCUGUCUCUUCCCAUUGUCCUUUCUGAUGGACAUCUCAGAGCUGAUCAGCGGGGCACUAAAGUUCUGAUACAAACUGACUAUGGUCUCAUUGUGAGCUACGAUCUGGUUUACCAUGUCACCGUCACCAUUCCAAGCACUUACAAGGGCCAGGUGCGAGGCCUCUGUGGGAACUACAAUGGGCAGAAAGAUGACGAGUUCCUCCUUCCCAGUGGCCAGGUGACUACUGAUGUGGCUGCAUUUGGCGCUGCCUGGAAGGUUUCGGUUCCUGGGGAAGAUAGAUCCUGCUCAGAUGGGUGCUCUGGAAAGAGCUGCCCAGUCUGUGAGGAAAGGAAGAGGGGCAUUUUCAAACAGAGCAACUACUGUGGGAUCCUCACUGCCUCUGAUAGUCCCUUCAGAGCUUGCCACAGCAAAGUGGAUCCCAGUAUGUACUUUAAUAACUGCAUCUAUGAUCUCUGCCUGGGCAAUGGGGACAGUGAGGUCUUGUGCCAGAGUAUCCAGAGCUAUGUGUCAGCCUGUCAAGAAGCCAAGAUCACCAUCCAGCCCUGGAGGAAUCCAUCCUUCUGCCCUCUGAGCUGCCCUCCCAACAGCCACUAUGAAGUCUGUGCAGAUCUCUGCUCCGCUGACUGUGCUGGGAUUACUGACUCCAGAACAUGCCCCGAGACUUGCACAGAAGGAUGUCAGUGCAAUGAUGGCUACUUCUUCGAUGGUCUUGGCUGUGUCACACCCAAUGAAAUGGCCCUGCUGAAUGAAUGCCAGCAACUCUGCACAUGCAAGCCAGGCCAGGGAGUCACCUGCCAGUCCCACAGCUGCACUGCUAGUGAGACCUGCAAAGUCCAGGAUGGGAUCAUGACCUGCGUCAAUAAAGAUCUUUGCAAAAAGUUGACAUGUCGGACCAAAGAAACAUGUAAAGUACAGGACGGAGUAGCGAAGUGUGUCCCGAAUUACAGCGAGACCUGCUGGGGUUGGGGAGAACCCCAUUACCACACCUUCGAUGGCCUGGACUUUGACUUCCAGGGCACCUGCACCUACACAAUUGCCAAGUAUUGUGGCAGUGACACCACCCUGGAGCCAUUCACGGUGGAUGAGAAGAAUGAAAACCGGGCUAGCCAGGACAUUUCCUACCUGAGAGUAAUCACUAUCUAUGUGUAUGGGCAAAACAUCUCCAUCUACAGGAAGGAAGAUGGUAAAAUCCGGCUAAACGGUGUCCUCACUAGCUUGCCAGUGACUCUGAAGGAUGGGAAAAUGCAGAUAUUCCAGAGCGGCCUGAAAGCCGUGCUGGAAACGGACUUUGGCCUGCAAGUGUCCUUCGAUUGGAGCCAGCUGCUGGUCAUCACCCUGCCCAGCAGCUACUAUGGCGCUGUCUGUGGCUUCUGUGGGAAUUUCAACCAAAACCCGGACGAUGACAUGGUGACCUCCACCGGGAAAAAGGCCACUACUGUGGUGGAGUGGGCUGGAAGCUGGAAAGUGCAGGACCGUGACCCCUUCUGCUGGGACGUCUGCCACGGGAGCUGCCCUAGAUGUGAAGAGAGCAAACGGCAGCUCUUUGGAAGCGAAGAAUUCUGUGGGCUGAUCUCCAAAUUGGAUGGGGGGCCCUUCCGUGAAUGUCAUCGCAAGUUAAGCCCCAAUGGUUUCUUCGACAGGUGCAUCUACGAUGUCUGUCUCAAUGGGGGUGCCAAAAAUACACUGUGCCAAGCAUUGGAUGCUUAUGCUAGCAACUGCCACAAAGAAGGCGUGAUCAUCCGGGACUGGAGGCAGCGGAGCGGCUGUGCUUUGCCCUGUCCUGAGAACAGCCACUAUGAGGCCUGCGGAAAUGCCUGCCCAGCCACCUGCUCCAACCGAUCUGCUCCAUCGACUUGCAAAAAGCCCUGCGUGGAGACCUGCCAAUGCGACAAAGGCUAUGUGCUCAGCUCUGACAAAUGCGUCCCAGUGGGGAGCUGUGGCUGCGCCCACAAUGGCCUCUACUAUAAGCCCAACCAGCAGUUCUGGGCUGAUGAGAAAUGCACCUCUCGUUGCCGGUGUGAUCCCCAGCUGGGCGUAGUGGAGUGCCAGCCAGCCCGCUGCAAGGCUAGCGAACAAUGCAUCACGGUUGAUGGGAUACGGGACUGUCACCCCAGAAAAUAUACCACUUGUGCAGCAACUGGGGACCAUCACUAUACCACCUUUGAUGGGAAGAGAUAUGAUUUUACCGGCACUUGCAUCUACCAGCUGGUUGGGCUCUGCUCCAAGGAUCCUUCUCUCACUCCAUUCACCAUCAAGAUCCAGAACAGCCAAGGCAAUAAGACAAUGCCGUUCUCUUCUGUGAUUACCCUGGAAGUCUAUAAUAGGACCAUUACAAUUUGCCAGAAGUAUCCUCACACAAUACAGGUAGACGGAGUGUUUAUGGAUUUGCCCUUUUACCAUGAAGAUGUGAUCAAGGCCUACAUCAGCGGAGCCCAUGUCCUCGUAAUGACCAAGUUUGAUCUUACCGUGACCUUCAGCUGGAACAGACUUGUCCAUGUCACUGUUCCCAAAACGUAUCUCAAUGCAGUUUGUGGUCUCUGUGGCAAUGACAAUGGGGAACCCGGUGAUGAUCUGAUCAUGAAGGAUGGGAGACAGGCGGCGAAUGCCAUUCAGUUUGCUGAGAGCUGGAAAGUAGGUGAGAUUCCUGGUUGUGUGAAUGGAUGUACCAGGAACUGCCCAGUUUGUUCUGAAGCACCAAAACAAAUCUACAAGGGUGAUCAGUACUGUGGGAUCCUCUCCAGAAAGGACGGACCCUUCAGGCAAUGCCAUGAAGUGAUCGACCCAACGCCGUACCUUGACAACUGUGUCUUUGAUGUCUGCCAGUACAAGGGACACCAUGGAACUCUCUGCAGUGCUGUCAGUGCCUAUGUUACAGCCUGCCAAGCUCAGGGCAUCCGGAUUGAGCAGUGGCGAUCACCCUCCUUCUGCAGACUUUCCUGCCCACUUAACACACACUACGAUCUCUGUGGAAAUGGUUGCCCUGUCACAUGCCACGGCCUCUCUGCUCCUGACGGGUGUAAGACGUCCUGCAAAGAAGGCUGCUAUUGCAAUGCUGGCUUUGUCCUCAGUGGUGACCAGUGUGUCCCCAAGGGAGACUGUGGCUGCGUAUACAAGGGAAGAUACUACAAAAAGGGAGAUGAUUUCUUCCCCGAUCCUUCCUGCCAGGAAAGAUGCCGCUGCAAAGACAAUGGAAUCGUGGAAUGCCAGAAGGUCUCCUGUGGGGCCCAAGAGGAAUGCAGGGUAAAGAAUGGCGUCCAAGGCUGCCACCCCGUUGGCUGUGCAAAAUGCAGUGUGACCAGAGGAAUCCACUACCUUACCUUUGAUGGACAGACCUUCACCUUCCCAGGUUCUUGUGGUUACACUUUGGCCAAAGUCUGCAGCAGGGAUCCUGAGAUUGCAAGGUUUUCUGUGGUUGUGGAGAAUGAGAGCUCUGGAGGCAAAGUUCUGCCAAAGAUGGUUGUCAUCACUGUUCAUGGUUACAUCAUCACUCUUGUGAAGGGAAUGGCCUGGAAGGUUAUGGUGGAUGGAGAGGCCUAUGCCCUGCCGCUGGUGUUAGGGAGAAGAAACGUCUGGGUAAAUCAAGAGGGGAAGAAUAUUGUACUCCAGACCGAUUUUGGCUUCAAGGUCUUCUAUGAUUCUUCCCAUUAUAUCAUGGUGUUAAUCCCCAGCUCCUACCAAGGACAUGUAUGUGGCCUGUGUGGCAACUUCAAUGGCGUCCGGAGCGAUGAAUUCCAACUGCCCAAUGAGAAGAGCACACGGAACGUGACAGAAUUCGCAGCAUCUUGGAAGGUUUCAGGCAACAGUGCCAGCUGUUCUGAUGAGUGUGAGCAGAACUGUCCCUUGUGCGACGCCAUCAAGACGAGGCCAUAUCAGACCAAGGGCUUGUGCGGGCUGAUCGAAGCUGCCUCUGGCCCUUUCAGUGAAUGUCACAGCGUGGUGAAGCCGGCUGAGUAUUUUAAGCAGUGCCUCUAUGACAUGUGCACUGACAAAGGAGCAAACAAAACCCUCUGCCAGAGCCUUCAGGCAUACGCGGCUGCGUGCCAAGCCGCUGGAGCAAAUCUCAAGGCUUGGAGGACAACCUCCUUCUGCCCCUUCACUUGCCCAGCCAACAGCCAGUAUGAACUGUGUACCAGGUCUUGUGAUCUCACCUGCGCAGGCCUAUCUGCUCCCACCCUGUGUACCAAGAAAUGCUUUGAAGGCUGCCAGUGCAAUGCUGGCUAUGUGUCUGAUGGGGUAACAUGUGUGUCCAUGGACAGGUGUGGCUGUGUGCAUGAUGGGCGCUACAUCAAGGCUGAAGAAACCGUCAUCAACAAGGACUGCUCCGAGAAAUGCACCUGCCACGCCUCAGGCCGCCUCACCUGUGAAGGGAUCAGCUGCAGGAAAGGGGAGACGUGUGCCCUCAAGGAGGGCGUCCGAAGCUGUGUGAGGCAGGAAGGCCAGUGUACCCUCACCUUAGGAGCCCAGCUCACCACCUUUGAUGGUGCCUCAGGGGAAAUACUAUACAGUGGUAUCUAUGAGGUGGUGUCUCUCUGCAACUCCACAGCCCGUACCUGGUUCCGGGUGAUGGUGGACGUGAGAGAUUGCAGCAGUGGCGAGGCGAGGGCUGCUGCUUCGGUCUACGUCUUCUUCCGACAGGCCUUUAUUGCCAUUAACAGGAACAAGGAGGCUUGGGUGAAUGGACAGCCGGUGCAGCUACCAGCAACUGUUUCUGAAGAAGUGUCUGUGAGCCUCCUCCAAGAUGUUGUCACGAUCAGCCAUAGGACUGGCCUUCGGGUUCUCUUUGGCCUCAGAGGGGAAGUGACAGUCUCAGUCAAAAGCAGCCUGGCAGGCAGCCUGUGUGCAUCCUGUGGGAAUUUCAAUGGUGACAGCUCUGAUGACCUGGUACUACCGAACGGAAAGGUUGUGGGGGACAUCUCUGAGGUCAUUGAUGCUUGGCAAGCCAGAGACUUUAUGGGCUGGUGA